AUGACAGGAGGGGAAAAAGUUGGUCUAGGAAAAGUGGACGCCAGGGGCAAAGGAGAGGCCAAGGUGAGAGGAGCGGCCCGGAAAAAGCCCUGGUGGUUCCGGUAUGUGGGGCUGCGCUGUGGCUGGGAGGUGUACUGUGGUCUGAAGAGGUGUGCCCCUGCCCGCACAUGUGCAGCACCAAAGGUGUCAGUUUUGGAGUACACUGACUAUGGGUGCUACUGUGGCUUAGGCGGAAGUGGCUGGAGCCAGGACAAAACUGACUGGUGCUGUCACCGUCACGACUGCUGUUAUGGGAAAGCUGAGGUCGCUGGCUGCAGCCCCAAGUUGGAUCCAUACAACUUUGUGUGCAAAGACAAGCAGGUGGAAUGUGACUCGCUGAAAGACAGAUGCCAAAAAAUGAUAUGCAAGUGUGACAGUGAAGCUGCCAAGUGUUGGGCCAAAGCUAGAUUCAAUCCAUCACUUAAAUACUUUCAACAAAAUUCCUGUGGAAUGAUCCAGCCCUCUUGCAAGGCAGACAAGAACAAAAAAGGUGUCCUCUUAGAAAACCAUUAAAAUGCAAAAAAAUAAAAAUUUUCACUAAUUAAAA